GCUUUAUUUAGAACUCUCAAUGCAGUGAGACACUUGAAUCCAUUUCUAUGGGACAAUCUCUCAUAUGUAACAAGCUGGAUCAUUCUUCCUCUCGGAACUAUAAACGAGGCGUGUCCCCAUGGGGAUUGAUUUUAUAUCACUGGUAACUAAGAGGUUAAAAUACCUGAGCAAAGUUAGCCAUCGUUAUGUGGACUACACCUUGGCAACUGCUAAAGGAAAAGUAGGCAGGAUCUUCCCCUUUCUGCAACCCCUCCUUCCAUCAUCCCCUCUGUGAUCUCAGUCCCCCUCUCUCACUCCCAGUGGCUGCUCCUUGCCCUGCGACUACACAACAGUACCUCCAGGACAUCAGGAUGUUUCAGUGGUAAGUGCCUCCACUGUCCCGGGCUGUGGGUUAAACUGAGGAACGAUCCAUUAAUGCUUUUCAUUUUGAUUCUUGCUUUUUUAAAUUUCGUUGUCCGUGUUAAUGAAUUGGGUUUUGUUUCAAGUACCCAGAAAAUGUUUAACUUUUAGUGAAAAUGCCAAACUAGUUUAGUCGCCCAUCCCUCUGUGCUGCUCACAGGUCGCUCUGUAUUCAGAGAGUGCGUGGCGUGACGGCUGACUGUGCCAUCCAUUUUGGGGUAAAAAGCACAUUAUUCACGUAUAACAGUUAACCCUUGUGCUGCGGCCAGUAGUGUGAGAGCCACAUACAUGGAGUGGGGUGGCAAUUAACACUCAGAGCCAGGGGCAGUGGUUGUGAUGCCACCCUGAUCUGUGUCCCGUUCCCUACCAUGUGCCAGCUUGUCCAGAGUGUGGCACCAUCCUAUAGAAAUUACUGGGCUGACCCCUAGAGUCCCCUCUCAGGGCAGUGUAUGGGACAAGGGGGGGGCGGGGGCGGGGGGGGAGUGAUGGCACACACUGAUAGAUUUAUCCUAGCUCGAGGUCUCCUUAGUUUGAAUGACCAAUUUCGCAAGGAGAAGCCCCAGUGGAUGUAAGAUCUGAGAUUUACCAGCUGAGAAAAAUAGUAGGCGAACUGAAAUCACGAAGAUCUGAGAUUUACCAGCUGAGAAAAAUAGUAGGCGAACUGAAAUCACGAGAAAUGUAUCAAUAACCAGCUAGAGUUCUUGGCACUAACAGAACGUUCCAUCCGCGCCAUUGAGGUUCUAAAAAAGCAGAGUACUCUAUAAGGGAGUGAGAACAUUUCUUUUUGCCCCUUUUACAAGCAGAGCUGGCUGCUGGAUAGAGUACGUCAUUUUCUCUCCAGAAACUAACCUGGCUACAAGGGUACGUAUUACGUAAGAGUUGGUGGAUUACGUGAACUUAGGUCAGGAGCAGGUGAUGGAGCAAUGGGAUCAAUUGCGUUAUCUUUGUAGAAUGUGACAUGCCUGAUAUGAAGACACGGAAAUGGCUUAAGGAAAUUAUUAAUUUGCAUUGCUAAUUAGUUUAUGAAGUGUCUUAUUUUGCUGGCACCUUGUUACUUUUAAGUAUAGUCGACUCUUGUCUCACAGAACUGUAUUUACUAAACUGUUAAUUUUGGUAAAUUGAAAAGCUAAUGCGUAAAAUUUAGGCAAGAGUUGGAAAUAUUCUCAAAUAGAAUGAAGGCAAAAAGUCUGAGCUAGAAAAACAGCUGAAUGGUUAUGGUGUUUGUAGUAACCUUUUAUAGAUCUUUUCCUUUUUGAAAUUAAUAUUUUCAUGUCCGUGUUUCUAAAUCAAAUCCAACUAAACUGCAGCUCUAACUUAGCUAUAUUGGCCUCAGUUUUAAAGUUACAGUUUUUGAUUCAGCAUAAUUGAUUGACGAGUAAAGAAAUUUAAGACGAUUAACUUUCAUUCAGACAAGGAAGAAACAUUCGACCAAAUCUGUUAAUAUUAAACAUGACAAGAUUGACAUGCUUCCAUUAUAUUUAUCUGCACGCUCUGACCAUUUGACACUUGACUAUUGGGAGUAGUGUGUACUUCUAUUAUUUAUUUUUUUUUGAUCAACAUGGAGUAUCUUUAUAUAUUCUAAGAUUAGUUAUUGCCUUAAGUGCAAAUAUCUACCUUAUUAUUCAAUAUAAUCACAUAGAAUACUCUCCUGUCAAUUCAAUACACUACCCACACCAGGGGUAGGCAACCUUCCCCACUCCAGAUGCUGUGGACUACAUCUCCCAUAAUGCCCCUACAGCCAUAAUGAUGGCAAAUUAUCAUGUGAGAUGUAGUCAACAACAUCUGGAGUGCCGAAGGUUGCCUUCUUCUGACCUACACGAUGUAAGCUUAUGUUUUUUUUGUACUCGGAGCCUACCAUUUUUAACCUAUUAAGGACCAGCUAUGUCUUAUGCCUUCAUAAAACAAUGUAUUUCAAGGAUUCUACGCCAAAAUGGAGCGACCCACUGAAUUAACACAGGCAGGGCUGUAUGAAAAUACAAAAUAUAACAAAGGUGGCCAUUUUAUGCAUUAAGUAAAUAGGGACCAGGUUUAAAUGAAUAUAAUAUGGUAUUUAGUUCUUAUUAGCAUAAACUAGGACUAGGUUGACCUAGGCUACUGGUUGUGUUGGACAUGCAGAAUGUGGUGUGCAUGGCAUCAGAGUAGCUGAAUUAAAAUGGAAAAUCGCAUACAAAAUCUAACUAUCAUUAUGCAAUGGAUUAGAAACAUUUAUCACUCCAGCUCCUUUUAUCGGUAGGGUAUGUCUGGAGCUCCACUGGAUAUAUCUGUUGCUGGAGAAUUUCACCCCACCUAGAGUCAUAUUUUGCUUUAAGCAUAUACUAACUUUCAGCAGUCAUAGUUUACUACUGCUAAUCUAACUCAAUAACAUUGCAAUUAUGUGAUUUUUGACCGGAUUAGUUUAUAUCCAUGACUAUACCUUACAGGACACUCUAGUAGCAUCACAGUCUACCUGUACCUUCCCUGAAUGUUAGACCCCUCUGCUCUUCUAGCACGCUGUCGGGGUGUGAGGGCCACUCAUAACACAUAACAAAAAAACCUAAUAAAAAAACAACAACCUUUAUGGAGUACGUGACAAUGAGGAAAUUGUUAUUAAAUUCCUUAUUAACAAGAACACAAAACACCAACAACGGGAGGCUAGUGGAAUAGCAUUCAUUAAGAGGCUUGUCUUCUGGGCUAUUGUAUUAUUUCAUUUUUUCAAGUCUGAUUCCUAGCAUUUAGGCUCCUGCGUGAGCCUCACAGUUGUAUUGCUCUUGCUAUGCCUAUCGUACGUAAAAUUGGGAAUUUAAGUGAUGUAGCCACCUAAAAUCAUAAAAUCCUCGAUGGGAGGCAAGUUGUAUGGAAACUAUAAAGUGGCUUGCCAUAGGGGCCGAUGUUUAUUCAUAUGUCUAUAAAUAUGCUCUUUUAUAUUUUGGCUUCUGCGCAAGCCUCCAAGUUGUAUUAUUUUUGCAUUGCCUAUCGUGUGCAAAAAUAAAGAAUUAAAAAAAAAAAAAAAGAACACAAAACACUCACAUUAUUAAAAAAGUAGCUCUACACAAAUAGUGUUUUGCAAAGGGAAGUAGUUACAUUGUAUGUACAUUGCUAUUCUUUCAACUGCAACAUAGCAAAAUAUACUACUACUACCAAGAUUUAUUUGUAACAAUUUCUCAAUGUAUUACUUACAAGUUGAAAGUUAUCUGAAAAUGUGCAAACUGAAUCAAUCUACUGCUCCCUCAGUCAAACUGCUAUGACUAAAUCAGCAUUUUGAUUAAUAAAAUGGUGUAAAACUGGAGUCAAUUUAAUAAUUUCACUGCCAGCACAUAUAUCUGCGAAAGGCAAGACACUAUCUGAAAGGCUUCAGUUAGAUUUUUACCUGUGCUGCCACUAAAACAGUGGCAGAUAUUCUAUAUAUACUAUAAAAGACACUAUACUACAAUCCGAAAAGGAUCUGUAUAUUAUUGAAACAUUAGAACCAAAGAAACCUGUAAUGAACCCCCCAUGAGUACACUACCAAGGUGCCAUAAAAGCAAAAAAACCUUGAUGUGUGUUGUGGGGCAUGACCCACACCGUUGUCUGGGAAACCACUGCGCGCAGAGCUUGAAUCUACACCUAUCUCAUUGAGGGAGAAUAACAGGAUAGGUGCAUAUUACCGUUACUUAUAGUGGCCGGGCCUAAUGCUUCACCUAAUGAUAGGUGAAAUUGCAAUGGAAUAGUCAGCAAAUGAGCCGAAGACACGGAUCAGGAAUCAGGAAGUGAUUUUACAAUAAAAACUGCAGGCACAGCCGUUAAUAGAGAUCGGAAGGACGGUUUUAUAUGCUGAAAUUGGACUUUGUUUCGGUUUCCAAGGGUUGGUGAGCUGGCCAAGGAUUGUAUAUACCUUCAUUGUUUUUACAAUGUUUCUAUAAUAAAGAAUACUUACCUGAUAUCCUCGCCCACGUGCAUCCUAUGUAUCCCACGUACUCGAGGGACUGAUCCUCCCUGAACGCUAUAGCCACGAGUGGUGCUUUUACCACUCCUAUCUUUUUUUUUUUUUUAUUUAAAUUUUUAUUUCUGUUACAGAGAGUCUAGUACAGGCAUCAAGCAGUGUAACAUCAACGUUUGUUAACUUCGGUAUGGUAAAGAAAUAAUAACAUUGUGACAAUUAUAGUACAGUGUUUAUACAAUGAUCUUAAAAGGAGAUGAGAUUUUGACAUUAUGCGAAGACAUCUGUGAACGUUUGCUUUAACAAUAUGCUUUCUAUGUGGCGAUUUGGAGAGCGUAUUUAGGUGUGUCUUAAAGUUAUAGCAGUUAUAUCAUCUGCCCUCCCUGCUGUUAGGAAGGUCUUUCUCAGGUUUCUAAUCUAUGGAUUUUUUAGUGUCAGGUAAAUUCUAGUCUGUGCGAGGCAGGUUUGGUGUCGUGGAGGCUGGGUUAUUUCUCUUACUCCGGGUUAUGUUGGGUGGUUGUGUGGCUCUGCAUAAAUGUGAGCCACGGCGACCAGCACUCUGUGUAUAGGGAAUAUGAGUGUGAUAAUGAUAGGUGUAUCUCUUCCAUUAGUCUGAUUGUUUCUAUUUUUUGAAUCCAUUCCCUUAUUGACGGGUGGAUUUGCUUUUUCCAAUAGAGUGGGAUUAGCAUAUUGGCCGCUGUCACGAGGUGGUUAAUUAGUAUUCUUCGAGGUUUGGCUAGUGGAGGUGGGUAUAAGAGAAAAAGGGAGACUUUUGGUGAUGGGGAGGUGAACGUCCGUCAUCCUCUGCCGGUAAAUUUGGAUGAUGGGGCAAAGCCACCAUAUAUGACCAGGGUUGCCUCUGGGCUGGAGGCAUCUCCAGCAGGUAUCUGGGAGGUUGGUGGAAAGGCGGUGUGCUGGGGUGUAAUGCAAUCUUGCAACCCUUUUGUAAUUGUGUUCAUGAGUGUAGUUGCUAAUUGAGGAGUGAAAUAUGUUGGAGAAUAUACGUUUACAUUCUGAAUCUGAUAGGGAGAUGUGUAGUUCUUGCUCCCAUAAGGAUAGGAAGGAGUUUUGGGGGGGGGGUGUGUGUCAUUUUGGAGUAGAGUAUAGAGUGUUGAUAUGUGUUUCAUCUUUAGGUCCUUGUUGUCACAAUGGCUCUUGAAUUUGGAUAAGCCUCUAGUUGCAUCGCGGAGGGGUGAUGUGACAGAUAUGAAGUGUGUAAGCUGUCUAAUAUUGAAGAACAGUAGAGGCAAGGGAGUUGUGGUUGAAGUAAUCUCAUCUAACGGUUUGAUCCUCUGAGAGUUAAGUAGGGUUCCCAGCUUAAGGUAGUUGGAGGUGUGUAGGCUAUUGAAUAUGGAUGUGUUCAUGCCUGGUUGGAAGAGUGGGUUGUGGGUUAAUGGGUACAGAGGAGAAGGGUGUGGUGAGAUACUAGUCAGUGAUUUGAUUUGUUGCCAUGUGCGCAGGGUUGGGACAAUGGUUGGGUGGGUGUUAUGGGGAGUACUAAGAAGGGAUUUACCAUUAUCGUGCCAGGUAUAGUGUGCAGGGGUAUCAGAAAGCACAGAUAUUCAAGUUGCACCCAAUGUUUUUGGUUCUUGGGCAUCGUUCAUUUGUAGAUCCUCAGGAGGACUAUGGCUUUGUGAUAGUUUUCUAGAUUAGCUAUGUCUCCUUGGAUCUUAUGCGUUGCCAAUAGUUUGUAUGGCAGUUGGGGGGGAGGGGGUGGAGUUUAUGGGCCCAGAUGAAUGUAGUGAAUUUGUGUUUCAGGGUGGUGAAGAAUAUUUUGGGUUUGUAAUAGAUACAGGAUUUCGGGGAGAAUGUUCAUCUUUAAAAUAUGUAUUCGGCUAAGCCAGCUGAAGAUAGGUUUGUUCUGUUUGGUUAGGUCUUUCAUGAGAGAUUGUAACAGGGGUGGGAAGCUUAGGCUAUAGAGUUCAGAUAGGUUGUGUGGGAUUUUGACCCCCAGGUAUUUCACCGCAUCAUCUGCCAAGUGGAAUUGGAACGUUUAUUGUAGGGAAUGUUUAGUCGCCGGAUCAACACUGAGUGGGAGUACUUCACUCUUUGUGAAAUUUACUUUAAAAUUGAAUAGGCUAGCAUAGCAAUCGAUUUCUUGUCCAAGGGCUGGCAUGGAGGUGGUGGGGUUAGUAAUCGAGAAAAGGAAGUCGUCGGCGAACACUUCUAUCUUGAACUCCCAUCCGUAUACCCUUAGCCCCUGAAUGUCUUGAUUGUCUCUAAUGCCUUGUAAGGAGGGCUCCAUCAUGAGUAUAAAAAGGAGCGGGAAGAAGAGCACCCCUGUCUCUUGCCAUGUCUGAUAUUAAAGGAUUGUGAGAGCUUUAAUGCACUGGGAUUGCACUGGGAUUGGACUGUAGUGCCGUCAUCCACUUAAGCCAUGUGGGGCCAAGUCCCAUGUGCUCAAGGGUCGUUAGGAGUAGGGACCAGUCCACCCUGUCGAAGGCUUUCUCUGCCUCUAUAGAGAUUAGUAAGCUUUGUGUGCGAGACAGUUUGGAGAGGUGGAUGAGGUUUAGGCGGUCAGCGGGUUAGGCCCAGAGUCCGGGGAAGGGAAGGCCGGUGCAGGUCAGAGAUAGGAAAAAGGGAGAUUGUAUGCCGGGCAUAGGAUUGGCCUGGGAGGACACAGGGCAAGGGGAUAACCUGGGUAGAAAGGCCCUUGCGGGAUGGUCCACUCACUGCCACCUUGUCCCAGGAAGUGUGUGUCUCCGGCAGACUUGGUGCUUCACAUCAGGGCCCAGACAGGGGUCAUAUCCACUUUGUGUCGGGAGCUGGAGGUGAGGGAGGAGAUGUGAGGAAACCUAGUCCCGUUUUAUGGAUCCUGAGUGGACUUUGGGGAGCGUGUUAUUAGCGGGACGCUCUUCUGGUGUUGGGGCCUAAGUCCCGCCGCGAUCCUCCUGGAUUGUUUAUCCAUCUGUUGGAGGGGGUUUGCCCUCUGCCGUGUUGUGGGAACUGGGUAGUGGAUGAGCCAGGAAAUGUGCCGUACCAGUCCAUUACAUUUGUAUCUGGUAAGUCUAGGGUUUGUGUGAAUGCUGAAACAUCAUGAAUGGAGGCAAUUUGGUGCGUUGAACCCAUGUGUGUUGCUAUGAGGGCGAGUGGGAAACCCCAUCUGUAUUUAUUAUUUCUCCAUCUAAGGUGAUCCGUGAUGAGCUUUAGAGUCCUUCUUGCUUGCAGGGUGGCCCAGGAUAAAUCCGGGUAGAUCUGCACAGGAGAGUCAUGGAAUAGUAAUGGCUGUGAGGUUUGUCUCAGAGCUUUAAGGAUAUCCUCCUUCAAGGUGUAGUAGUGCAGCCUGCAUAUCACAUCCCUUGGUGCUGCAGAGGAAGCUCCCCUCGGUUUUAGGGCUCUAUGAGCUUGAUCUAGGAGUAUCUGAGUUUCUGGGGGCUGUUGAGGAGGAGGUGGAAGAGCUCCAUUAGGGAUGCCACGAGAUCUUCCUGAUCUCUUUAGGGUAGGAUAUUGCUGAACCUUCAGGGCUCGAGGGCGCUGAGCCUUCUUGAGAGGAUUCAGGUGCCAUGUUUAGGCCCGAGCAUCUUGCUGGAGGUCCACGUGAUCGCGGAAAAAUUUGGUUAGAGCGCCAUGUUUGCUUGCAGGAGAUUUUCCCACUUGGUGUUGAGGGGUUUGGGAUUGUUUAGGGUGUCCCAUCUUGAGUUUUUACCCCGAUGUGGACGGAUUUACUGAUGGCUUUUUCGGAGAGCUUGCAAUGAAUGUCCAUUCAGCUCGGCCGUUGGCUCCGCCCCUUACCACUCCUAUCUUGUGAGUGAGAUACUUUGAGAGCUAAAUUAUUUCACAAUAUAUAUUUUAAAUUGUCCUGCACUAGGAGUUCUCUCUCUUUUUUGUCUUCCUUUCAAAUACCAGAAUUGCUAUUUAUGCAAGUAUAUGCACAUAUCACUUUGUUGGUCACAUAUACCACUUUUUGAACUAAUAAGUAAUAUUAAUAAUACACCUAGUAUGCACCUAGGCUUGUAACACAGAUGCUGAUUGCUGAUUGUAUUAUAUAUUGAAUAGAGGUUCUGUCGUUUAAAGGCACCCACAGUGAGUUUUUUUUCUUCAUUAUUGCGCACCAUAACUUCUUUUGUAUUAUUGUAUCCAUGUUUCAUUACCAGGAUUUGUUUGUUAGUUGCUGCAUUUAUUAGAUCUACUGUAUUCUGUGCCACCCUAUUUUUAUACACACAUAGACACAUUACAUGCAGGCAGCACACAGGACACACACACAUUACAUAAGCUAGCACACACUACACACACAUUACAUACAGGCAGCUCACACCACACACACACAUGCACAAACACCCAACAUUACAUACUGUCAACACACAAACAACACACAUCACAUAAACAUUACUAGCAGGAAGCGCACACACACACACACACGUUAUAUAGCUAACACACACACACAAACACAUAACACAGAGCCAGCACACACUACACACAGUGCAUACAAUUCACAAAUUAAACCCAAAUGGCAAAAUUGCAGCCUUUGUGACUAUACGUAAUUUGGAGAACUUUUGCAUAUCAGCUACUUUAGGCUCAGUUUUCCCAUUCAGAUUUAAUUGAUGAUAACAGAGUUUAGCGAAUAACAACAGUUUCCAAGUCUAAUCAGGGUACAAAAAAAAAACCUGACUGGGAUUUUUUGUGUCAGGACAAGUAGAUUGGGCUACCAGUUUAGUUCCUUUGCAAAAGUAGAUAUUUAUUAAAUGUCCACACCCCUGUAGAGGAUUAAAUACAAUACCCACAAAGCUUAACCAAAUGUCAACAUUGCAUAAUUAUAAUAUGAUUAUUUUAGAAGGCUCGUAGUUUCCUUAAUUUUACGACCAUUCCUAUAUAUAUUAAUACUUGAUCAAAAGAAUAAUGAGUCAUACAUGCUUUUAGUUUUAUAUAUUUUAUAUAUUUUGUUUGUUGAUCACUAAAACCAAAAUAGUCUAAUAACACUAUUUCACAGUUAUGCACAUAAGUAUUUAUCUUAUCUUAAGGAGGAACGUGUGUGUAUGGGUUUUUUCUCAACGCAACUAUUACCUAAAACUUAGUGAUUAUAUGUGCUAUGUGUAUUAACCCCUUAAAGACAGAGGCAAUUGUCCAAGUUCUAAACCAAAAUAAUACCUAGAAUUUGAGCUCUAUGCUUGUUCAACCAUAAUCUCCCUCUUUCAGAUUAAGAAAAUAUAAGGAACACAUGUGUAAACCCGUAUUCAUGUAUACAUAAACCUCCUCCCACGCUUUUCCGCGUAAAUGAUAAAAUAAAGAUUUCACUAACAGUUUUCCAGCAAAAAAUAUUACUUUUUGUCCCUUAAACAAACUCUAUGCUAAACCAUUGAUGCUUUAAUUUAGGCAUAUAUCUGAACAUGCAAAUGUUUGAAAAUAGAUCAUUUUAAAUUGGAAGCUCAAUGGACAUAAUUAACAGUGCUGCGCAGUUUAUUUUUUCAUGUGAGUACAGUAGUAGUUUUCAUAACAUACAGAGGUUUAUUCACAAAGAGCCAAGCUGGGAGAUGUGCUCUUUAACAAAAUUAAAGUUCUUAGUUGCACCUUCUCAGAAUGCCUCUGGGUCCCUCACUAGUGGACCAUGGAGAGUUCAAAGAUAAAUAUGUUAAGGGCUUCUGUUUGUUGCUCUGUUUGGUAUCAGCUCAAGAACUUAAAUUUAACUCAAAUUUAACUUAAAUUUAACUCAAAUUAGCCUUUUAACCACAUAAUUACUACAGGUAGAAAUAUAAAAGGUGAUAUAGCACUUCCUGAAAUGUAGGAAAAUAGUGAUAAAACCUUAUGCAAUAUGCAGCACUUUAAUACAAUAAAAAGUAAUAGUACAAUAAAUAAGUUCAGAAAUAGAUUAUGUAUUAGAGUGAUUAAAUUAUGACAAAAAAAUAUGCUUUCCCUUCAAAUUCUAGGAAUGUAUUCUUUAUAAGGUCAAUAAAUGAUGAGCUCCAUAAUAGCUACAAUUGGAUAAACAAAACAACAUCAUAGCGUAACAUAUUUAAUGAAUAUCACUUAAAAAGCUUCCCGGAACCAUUCACAUUAUUCAUAGAGGUUGCUGCUGCAUGAGCUGACAAAAAUAUCUCCCUGACCGGUCAUACACUCCCUCACAAAGUGCUAGGUACUUACUGCGUACUCAGGCCCUCGGUCAUGGAUCAACAGUGAGCAGCUCUUGGAGGCCUGCUCGCUGUUUUCACAAUCGGGCUGAGAUUGUCAUCCAGCAUGCUGCUCUGUUUUUUCCCUCUUCCCCCCCACACUAUGUAAUGUGACUGAGUUGCAGCAGCUUUCCUCUGCACAGCCUCAGGCGCCAGUUCUUAAUGAAGGCUGAGUACAGGGGGCAGGGACAUAAUACACGUCAUAUCCCUGCUCCCUGCAUCCCACAUGGCGCGGCUCUAGUGUUGGGGCUGGGCUUAGCCUCUGCUUAUUUAAAACAAUAUUUCUGUCCCACCAAUUGGGAAGAGCAGUCAGUUCGCCAUUAAGGGUGUACGAGGUUAGCCAACUGACAGGAAACAGUUGUAAGUCUCAUGAAGAUGACUGAUUGAAUAUAAAAAAAACAGAACAGAACAGAAAAAAAAAUAAGAAACAAAAAAAAAAUGCUUGAGAACUUGUGCAAUAAAAUAAGCAUAAAACCUAUACACAUAACUGUAGACGUGACAGGAAUUGAAUGCAUGUUGUAUUCUACAUGAUCAUAAAAGCACCCAAUCUAAAGAGGUGACAGCUUUUAACUACUCCGGAUAUGUGUGAAAAAAAUAUACAUCUAGCCUAACAUAACAAAUGGCAUAUUCCAUAUCUGGGGCCUUUCUUACACCUGAAUAUACUAGUAACUAUAUCAGAGUACAAAUAUUAAAAAAAAUGACCAGUGCAUUUCGAGCAUCAACAAUACAGUUAUGCCCCGUAAUGAACAGGUUAUAAUGCACAGAUCACCUUCACGGAGACUGGCCUAAUCCUGGAAGAUGAAGAUAACCAUGUCUUGAUCUACCUGAGAUUAGUGAGAAUUACACUCUUGAAUAGUACCUGUUGCCUUUAUUUACUUACCUUAUCCCAGCGCAGAUGUCCCUCGGCGCUGGGUCAAAGCUCCGCCCCGUCCUCCGUCCCGCACGCGCAUUUGACCACCCCAUAGGAAAGCACUGAAUCAAUUCUUUCCUAUGGGGAAAAUCUGACACUGGAGGUCCUCAUGCAGAGCGUGAGGAUGUCUAGCGUCAGAUACCGGACCAAAAGUCUGUUUGGAUUCCGGAAGCCCUCCAGUGGCUGUAUGCUAGACAGCCACUGAGGGCAGACUUAGUGCUGCAAUGUAAACAUUGCAGUUCUCUAGAACUGCAAUGUUUUACAUUGCAGCACUAGGUGCAAAAGGGACACAGCACCCAGGCCACUUCAAUGAGCUGAAGAGGUCUGGGUUGCCUACAAUGUCCCUUUAAAUGUCUCCAGUACCCCAAGAUUGUAUCAUUCUACAUUAUAUUUUUUUCCUAGUUCUGCUUGAGAUUAGGGUCUGCAAACUGUGCAGAGCCGAUCUGUGCAUUAUUAACCUUCAUUACAGGAAAUAAUUGCCCAGAUGACAUCACCAUCUGUGCCGUACGGAAUUUGAAAAGGUGAUCUACCCAUUGAAAUUAUAUAGCUAUAAUUGGGCAUUGUUUGCAAGCAGCCUACCUUGGAGCGUUUCAAAGAAAGUGAUAAUUAUGGUUAUUUGUAAGCCCUGAUUAAUAGCUCCUGGAUUUAAUUUAUUACUUCAUUUCUGAACGUUGUAGCUAGAAGAAUCACAGCACUGUAGUGUAUCCUGUGCAGUUAAUGGAUCAAGCUAUAUAAUAUGACUUACUGUUCCAAUCAUAGUGUUGGGUUUCACGCUCCAUCUGUUACAAUAUCUACUGGUCUCUCCCAUCAUUCUCAGCCAUUGAAUAUGGUGACAAUUGUCCAGCUAUUGCAUAAUCUUCCUGUUGUGUUUAACUGGCAAUAACUGUAACAAAGCUGUUACAAUUUCUGGUAUUUUAAUUUGUUCCUCUUUAUAAACUGUUUGCUCAUUUGAUCCCAAUGUCCUUUCAGUGUAAGUCUACUAAAGGCCUUUAUAUACCACAUUAUUAUUGUUGGACAUAAUUGUAAUUUUGACAUGUGCACAAAUAACUGAUCUCCAAGUCUUACCAUUUUUUUCUUCUUCAAGAAUCGCAGUAAUACUUUGCACAUACUUGUUUUCAGAAACCUUAUUUCCUUCCUGCUUUCUUUUUUUUUUUUGACAAUUUUUUAUUUGAGGUUUUUCAAACGUUUUACAAACAUUUUGUCAGGUCUAAGUACAGAGUAAGGUAUUUUUUUACCACUACCCACCUUUGUGUCUAGGCAACUUUUGCUCGAUGGGGUUAGCUUUAGGGAUCAAUAUAGCACCUCUUGGGGCAGUAUUCUGUGUAAAUACCUUGUAUGGUGCAGCUUAUCCCGUGGCUGAGGUACACGCAUCCCCCUACUUGCUGCUUUAUUCCCUAGCUGUCGCGAGGUCCUUCCUGCUUUCUUAACUGUGAUGUUAUGGUCUUUCAAUUUUUUAUUUACUAUUUAUAGUAAAGGAAAAUAGUACACCAAAGUAAAGGUAACCAUUACUAGUAAAAGGGCGAACACUUCCUUAAAAUGCUUUCAAUUCUGAUCAUAAAUCCUUAAGAAUUGUCACUACUCAAAACAUUUCAUAUAUUAUUAGAUUAUCAUCUACAAUUCUACAUCAUUGUACCUUCUUCAGUCUUACUGCAAAAUAGCAUAAUCUCACAGUCAUUUGUUUCUAGAUUCAAAUGCAUUAAAGGAACCCAUUAGUCACCAAAGCAACUAUAGAUGUAUAGAACAUGCCCUUGAAGUCAUGCCCAACUAUAGAUCAUGCCCAACUAUAGCUCAUGCCCAUGAAGUCUCAGUGUUCAAUUAUCUACCUUUUAGAAGUUACAUAGUUACAUAGUUACAUAGCUGAAAAGAGACUUGCAUUCAUCAAGUUCAGCCUUCCUCACAUAUGUUUUUGCUGUUGAUCCAAAAGAAGGCAAAAAAAUCUAGUCUGAAGCGCUUCCAAUUUUGCAACAAACUAGGAAAAAAUUCCUUCUUGACCCCAAAAUAGCAGUCAGAUGUCUCCUUGGAUCAAGCGGCUAUUACCCCACUAAAUAGAAAUUAUAUCCCUGUUUGUUAUGUUUUUGCAAGUAUUUAUCAAAUUGUAGUUUAAACAUCUGUAUAGACUCUGACAAAACCACCUCUUCAGGCAGAGAAUUCCAUAUCCUUAUUGCUCUUAAUUUAAAAAAAACUUUUCUUUGCCUUAGAUGAAAUCUCCUUUCCAGUCUAAAUGUGACCUCGUGUCCUAUGUAUAGCCCUGUUUAUGAAUAGAUUUCCAGAUAAAGGUUUGUAUUGGCCCCGAAUAUAUUUGUAUAAUGUUAUCAUAUGCCCUCUCAUGUGCCGUUUUUCCAAACUAAACAGAUUUACAUUUUUUAACCUUUCUUCGCAACUAAAAUGCUCCAUUCCUUUUAUCAAUUAUUUAGCUCGUCUCUGCACUUUUUCUAGUGCCAUGAUAUCUUUCUUUAGAACAUGUGCCCAAAAUUGCACAGCAUAUUCAAGGUGUGGUCUUACCAGCAAUUUAUAAAGAGGCAAAAUUAUAUUUUCAUCACGAGAAUUUAUGCCCCUAUUUAUACAUGACAAAACAUUACUGGCCUUAGCAACAGCAAAUUGACAUUGCAUAUUGCUGUUUAAUUUGUUGUCUAUAACAAAUAGAGUUAAAUCACUUUGUUUAUUCAGACCAAGGCACACCUCCCUGCAUGUGAUUUACACAGCCUUCCUAAACAUUCCUGUAAAGAGUAAUCUAAUGUUUAAACUUCCUUUAUUACAAAUGCUGUUUAAUUUAACAUUUCUUAUUUCCUACUCUGUGAAUAGCUUACUAGACCCUGCAGAAGCCUUCUGUGUGUGAUUAAAGUUCAAUUUAGAGAACAGGAGAUAAAAAACCUUUUAAAGUAAAUUAGAUCUGAAUGAAAAUUAAACCAUUUUAUUUCAUGCAGUCUGUCAGUCAGAGCCAGGGGAUGAGUGGCUAGGGCUGCAUAAACAAAAACAAAAGUGAUUUGACUCCUAAAUGGCAGCAAAUUGAGCAGUGAGACUUCAGGGGCAACACAAAAAUGGCUUCAUUAAGCUAAUAUGGUUUUGGUGACUUUAGAGUCCCUUUAACUAUUAAUUGAGCCUUUCACCAAAAAAUGGGGGGUUAUUCACUAAACAUCUAAUUGUGAAUUGUACACCAAGUUGCAAAAUUCAGAAUAUAAAACUCAAGCUGUGACUAUUUUGUAGAAUUAAAAAGGCAGAAAAGUGAAGAAAAUCCCUCAAUUACAGAAUACAUGUGGCCGCAACUCCAAAAUUAAAAAAAAGUGGAAACUGGUAUGUCAGUUAAUAGGUGCUAAAACAGGGUUACCUUCUUGGUGCUGGAAUCUCCCCAGUAAUCAAAUGGUACUUCACACAGGACAAGUUUGUUGAUCAGCACUCAUAGGGAAUCCCCCAAAAUACUUUAGAAAGAAAUCAUAGAAAAAAAUGCACAUUUAUUGAAGUAAAAAAUGAAAAUACAUAUUGCAAGAUACUAGAACAGCAGUCCUCACGUAUGCUGUAUUGAUCCAAGCAUGUGAAAUUGAAAAAAAUGGUUAUGAGUGAACAAAGUAUAAAAAGUCCAAAACCUGAGCAUAGGACCACCCGCAGCUGCUGUACGGGGGGAAAGCACCAAAGAAGCAGACCCUCAAGAAAGAUUAGAGAAGCCCUGGCCGCGUUUCGCACUCAGGGCCGCCAUCAGGGGGUGACAACCAUAACGGUUGUCACGGGCACGGCGGCCCUGGGGUAUGUCUGUGUAUGUAUGUGUAUAUGGAUGUCAGUGUCUGUAUGAAUGUAUGUUUGUCAGUAUGUAUGUAUGUAUGUAUAUAUGUAUCUAUGCCAGUAUGAAUGAAUGUAUGUCCUCAUGCAUGUGUGUCUGUAUGUAUGUUAGUAUGUGUCUAUCUGUCACUAUGUAUGCCUGUGUGUCUAUAUAUGUGUGUAUGUCUCAGUAUGUGUGUGUCAGUACUUAUGCCUAUAUGCGUGUAUGUCUCAGUAUGUGUGUGUCAGUACUUAUGCCUAUAUGCGUGUAUGUCUGUUUCAGUAUGUGUGUCUGUUAGUAUGUAUCUUUGUGUGUGUGUGUGUGUGUGUGUGUAUCUGUGUCCUUUUGUAUCAGUGUGUGUUUUUGUGUCUGUGUGUGUGUAUUCCUGUGGGUGGGAUUUGGAGGCGGACUCUGUGGGCGGGAUAGGAGGCGGGCCCCAGGGGGCCCAGACCCUGAGCUGAGUUAGGGUCCCCAAGUAAUGUACCUGGUCAUUAGACAAAACAUUAUUUGCCUUGUCUGUGCAUUAACUGAGCUGAAUUGUGAUGCCAAUUGCCAAAUCUUUGGUAUACAUUUUAAAAGUAAAUGGAGCAGCACAUAAAUAGAAGGCUAACACAAGUUAUAGGUGAUUUUCAAUAUUUAAUUAAUGAUCGUGACAGUUCUGCUUUAAUAAUAAUAAUAAAGCUGUUAACAGGGUAAAUCACAACUACAAAAUCUUAAAGAGACACUCCAAACCUUUAAAGCAGUUUAGCUUGCUGAAAUGUGUAAAAGACAGGGUUCUUUGGAUUUUCAUUUUGCAAAAAGUGCAGCACAGUGAAGCUAAACUCUAGAUGGAGACAACUGAGCACAUGCCUUGCAAAGAAUUCUAAUUGAACAGCAUUGGAUGUCUGUGAUUGGACAGCCACAGAAAGACUGGGCUGGGGAAGGAUGGGAGGGCUUGCAAAAGCUGCAGUCAAGAGAUCUGUGUCUUUUGUAACGUGUUUUGGAUAUAAUCCCAAUAAAGAUUGGGGUAUCUAUUAAAUAGUGAUUUUAAAAAAAAUAUAUGUAUUUGGCAUUGGAGUGUCCCUUUAAGCAGCAAAAUCCAACAAAUAGAUGCUGUAACAGAUCAGUUUUAGAACAACACUUGUGUAGAAUAUCAAACAAUACCACCCAAAUGUGCUUGUAAACCUGACACUCCAAAAAAAUGCUAAAGAAAAAUGUAACAUAUCAUAUUAACCCUUUAGAAACAAGCAAGUAUGGGUGCAUAAGUAACCAGUGUUGGUGAAAAUCUUUGUCACAUAAAAGUAACCCGUGUUAGUGAAACUCUUUGUCACUUUGCAGGUGUAUGAAGGGUGUGGCCAUACCAAUCAUGUAUAGAAUCCCAUAUGCAAUGUGACACGUUAGCCUCUACUGUGCUUAGUUCCUAACAUUAGUUAUAAUCCUAAUGGAAUGCUACAAAGUAUAUUGCCUCUUUUCCACUUGUCACAAAUAUUUUUACUAGCUUUCGUCUGCUAGUAAAAGCAGACAAACUGGUUUUAUUUUGCAAAGUAGAUAUUGAUAUAACUAGAUUCCGAAUUUAUUUCACUGUAUCCUGAAGGAAAUCAGGCCGUCGAGGUCUCUGAACGCUUUAUCUGUGGGGAAUGUAACAGGAAUGUGCUGGGGGAACAGAGGAAAUGAGCACAGAUGUACAGGGUAUUGUGACGAUGGAAAAUUAGGGAAAUCUUCCUGUCCUCGUGUGUUCCAACUUAAUCUGGAUCAAGACUACUGACUUUUAACUUUUCGUGUCUGUGGAUGCUGUUUAAUGUAUAGUGCAUGUAAUAUAAUUUACAUGUAAUGGCAUGUAAAUUAACAGUCUGUAUAUAUCCCUAUUUUUUAAAAGUAUACUUUACAGUUACUAAUGUCUCUUGGACAAUUGCAUUUAGGAAAGGCUCCAAAAAGAUUACGAAAAACCUUAGAAAUGGAUUAUAAAUAUUCAUAAAUAAAUAAUUCAUAACACUAGGUAAUUCUAAAAACAGACAUUUUAAUUGAAAUGCAUUAUAACUAUACUACACUACUUUUCCAAAAUGCAAGAUCCUAAUGAAUGAAUGUUAAUUCAUGUUAUUUUGGCUGUUAUGAGCUAUCUAUCCUGUUAUUCCUAGAUCUGGGAAAUGCACCUUAUACCCUUUUCCUUCCACAUUUUCCAUUCUUUUUUUUUAAUUCUUUAUUUUUGUUUUCAGUGCAUAAAGUUAAGUCAUAACAUAUCCGUAAUACCAUUCAACAUAGUAACAUAUAAUCAAAUAGUCAAACGGGUGCAAUACAUACAUGGCUUAGAGAAAGUGUACACUUUUAUGAAGUGGCCAAGGCAGUCAUAGGGAUCUGUCCGGCUCCAUGAGCUUUUAAUUUUCAAAUGGGCUCAGCCUGGUUGGGCGGGGGCGUUUAGUGGUAUAGACAAGUUGGUAAGGUACCGCCUGUGAGGGCGACCAUUGAUAGUUUAGGAUGUCUUAUGUAUAUUGGUUAGUCCUCUUGACUUUCAGGCACUAUGUUAAGUCAUGUCUAUGGGUUGAUUAGGGAAUUCGAUAGUCUUGGCUAGGUUGAGUGUAAUGCUAGUGUGGUAGUGGUCUGUUCUGUACUGGCUAGGGUUGUAGGAGAGCGAGAGCGGUGAUCCACUUCAGGUAAUGACUAUAGGGUACCUGUCAGCAGGGGGUACAUUUGUAGUGUUGCAUGGUUGCUCCUGUGCUGGCUUUCCUUAAUUCCUAAAGGGCGUGGGGGGGCAGGGGUGGGGGUAGGGUGGAGGGGGUGUUGCACACCCCAGAGCUAACUUGUUUUACCCAGCCAGUGUAGGCUUAAAUGAGACUACAGUUGGGUGGGCAGUGCUUCGGCAUCAGUGGGGAGUACUGUGCGUACUGAGAGAUUUUAACUGUAGAUUAUAAGUGUAAGGAGAAAAGAACAACAUGAACAGCAAUAACAAUAACAGAAGAGUACUUGUGUGGUCAGCGUAGGCUUCAGGUCGUGGUCCCAGGUUGCGUAGUAGGUAGACCUGUGGUACUGUAGGGCAGUCCCAGUGUAGCAGGUAAGGCAGGACCCUCUCCCGAGUGAGAUACUUUGAAGGAUUUAUUGUCCUUGGUUACCAGAGCGAUCUAGGGGUUGCCCACCUGUAUGUGACUCCUGCUGUUUGUAGGGUGGUGGUUAUGGGCUGCAUGCUCUUGCGCCAUGCAAGUGUGCCUCUGCUUGGGUCUUGGAAGAAGGCGAUUUGGUCUCAAAGUUGUAGGGCACUUUUCCUGUAAUAGCAGCCAUCAGCCCAACCCCUCCCCCCCAUUUUCCAUUCUUAAUCUGUUCUUUCUCUUUGUCUCCUUUACCCCCUUAAUACAAUCCUGGAGUAUAAAGAUUUGUAUUUUAUUUUAUUUUGCCGAAUGAAAUAUUGUCCAUAAAGCCUCACUCACCCUCAUUUACACUCUAGUAAUGACUACCAGCCUGUAGAUUAACGAAUAUCUCUGCGGGAAGCUACCAGUCCCUGAUAUAAUAAUUGUAAAGUUCUGAAAUGUUAACUUACCCAUUACUGUCAAAUAGUGCAGAAAGUUUCACUGGGUGAUAGCAUUCUUACAGUCAGAGAUGGGGGUAGUGAAUAGACUCUAGCAUUUCACUGUCAGCAUUACAUUAGCAUCACAGACACUGAAGAAAGUGCUAUAGCCAUUUUAAGUACCGGUACCUUUAUUUUAGAAAUGUAUAAUUUAACAUUAUGCAUUAUGUUCAAAUUCAGACAUUCUUUGUAUAUUAUUUUUUAUAGUAAAGUGCACUACUAGUAAUGCCUGCAGGGUCCUUACAAAUACACAUAGGCAAAGUUUUUGACUAUUUUUUUAUUUAUAUAUUUUGUCACACCUGAGAAAAAUAGCAUUUUUUCUUUUAUAUUAAUAUUUCAGACUCUGUGUGAAAUACUGCAAGAUAAAGGGCACUGUAUACCGUCUAAAGCUUUUCAUUCCCAAAAUAUGUUUAUAAAGAAUAAACAAAUAAGUUAAAAAUGUAAACUAUGUAAAGUAAUAUGGUUUUUAGUUUGUCUGCACAACAAUCUACAGACAUGGGAAAAAGAAAGAACACACUCUUUGAAUUCCAUGCCUUUACAUUUCAGGGCAUAAUAACAAACAUCUCUUCCUUAGCAGGUCUUAAAAUUAUGUAAAUACAACCUCAGAUGAACAACACAUUACAUAAAACACAUUUAUUUAACAAAGAUAAAGCCAAAAUGGAGAAGCCAUGUGUGAAAAACUAAAUACUCCCUUGCUACUUCCAUAGGAAUUAAGAGGCUAAAUAGUAGACAGGUGAUGCUAAUAAAAUACCCUUGAUUAAUUGAUCAUCAGCAAGUGUGGCCACCUCUAUAAAAGUCAAAGUUUUGUCAGUUUACUGAUCUGGAGAAUUCAGGUGUGUGUUAAAACAAUGCCAAUGAGAAAAGACACUAGCAAUGAUCUUAAAGAAGCAAAUGUUGCUGCCCAUCAAACUGGGGAGGGUUAUAAGGCUAUUUCCAAGUAAUGUAAAGUCCAUCAUUGUACAGUGAGAAAGAUUAUUCAAAAAUGGAAAGCAUUCAAGACAGUUGCCAAUCUUUCCAGGAGUGGACAUCCCAGCAAAUUUACCCCAAGGUCAGAACGUGCAAUCUUAGACUGUACAUGCCUCGGUUAGCAUGUUAAAUGUUAAGGUUCCUAACAGUACAAUAAGAAAAAGACAGAACUAGCAUGGUUUGUUUGGAAGGUUUGCCAGGAGAAAGCCUCUUCUCUCUAAAAAGAACAUGGCAGCAUGGUUUAGGUUUGCAAAGUUGCAUCUAAACAAACCACAAGACUUCUGGAACAUUGUCCAUUGGACACACAAGACUAAAGUGGAUAUGCCAUGAACUCCUCUGUAUACCAAAGUAUGCUAGAGUCAAAUGUGAGGCCAUCUCUCCGACAACUAAAGCUUGGCUGAAAUUGGGUUAUGUAACAGGACAAUGAUCCAAAGCACAACAUCAGCAAAUCUACAGCAGAAUGGCUGAAAAAGAAAGGAAUCAAGGUGUUACCAUGGCCCAGUCAAAGUCCAAACCUCAACCUGACUGAAAUGCUGUGACAGGACCUUAUGAGAGCCAUGCAUGAACAAAUACCAGCAAACCUUAAAGAACUGAGGCAACGUUGUAAACAUCAUACGGUGUACUUAGUUUUCCACACAUGGCUUCUCCAUUUUGGCUUUAUUUUUGUUAAAUAAAUUAUGACACGCGGAAUAUGUGAUUUGUUGUUGUUCAUCUAAGGUUGUAUUUACCUAAUUUUAAUACUUGCUAAGGAGCAGUUGAUUGUUAUUAUGCCCUAAGAGGUAGAUUUCUGUUGACUAUAUGCAAGCCUAUUUAAAUUUCCUUAGGGGGUUAUACAAUUAAUUUCCACCCUUCCCCCCCCCUUCCUAGUAAAUUGAUUUAGGGUUGUUAGAAAGUAUUGUGCUCUUGCUGGAUUGGCCUUGUAUGCUAUCUAUAAAAUUGGUGAAAUUUAGUAUUGCAUUUGAUGAUGUUUUAGUCUCUGUUUUUUCUUUAUAUGGUAAAAUUAACCAGGGCUGAUAAAAAGUUAUAUGCUAUAUUUUUACACAGAUCUAACAAUCAGUAUAUAAACUUGGCAUACUUGAUUUUCUUCAUUAUGAGUGAAAUAUAGUAUUGCAUCAGGUGAACUGUCUAACUUAACCCCUAUAUAGAGACUGUCUUUCAGUUCCAGUAUUUGUUUAUCUAAUAUCAUAUGUACUUUUUUUGGUAAACUUCUUAGUAUGGUGAUUGGCUUUCUAUGUGUGUGUCUUUUUUUGCUCUGAACUCACCGGUAAACAUGGUUACUGGGUAUACUUUUUCUAUAGGGUAAACUGGAAACAAGGUUGAUAGAAGUAUUGUGCUAUUGCCAUGUCAAUUUAGUUACUUAUCUAUAUAGAUAUUCAUAAGUCACGCCAACCCUACUUUUUUUUCCCCCUUGGAAUAUUGGAGGACAGGAGAGGAUGCACCUUGUAAGGGGGCUGAUCAGGACCCUCACGCCUACUGGAUAAUACGGGAAUGAUUUUGGAUAAGUCAUUGUCUGGGAAUAUAGUCUGCCUCUCUCCACCACUUCCGCAGCCCCAGACCUACUGGUCCUAACAUGAUUCACCUGUUAUCUAGAUGAAAAUUACGAUCAGCUUAAAUAAGAUAACUUUUUAUUAAUUAGAUGUAAAAGGUAGGAAUACAUUGAAAAAGCAUUUUUGCUUAACACAUGAUUUAUAUCAAUUAAAAGUCAAUAAUUCCUUCCUCUAGGAGACACAUUGUACAGGGAGUGCAGAAUUAUUAGGCAAAUGAGUAUUUUGACCACAUCAUCCUCUUUAUGCAUGUUGUCUUACUCCAAGCUGUAUAGGCUCGAAAGCCUACUACCAAUUAAGCAUAUUAGGUGAUGUACAUCUCUGUAAUGAGAAUGGGUGUGGUCUAAUGACAUCAACACCCUAUAUCAGGUGUGCAUAAUUAUUAGGCAACUUCCUUUCCUUUGGCAAAAUGGGUCAAAAGAAGGACUUGACAGGCUCAGAAAAGUCAAAAAUAGUGAGAUUUCUUGCAGAGGGAUGCAGCACUCUUAAAAUUGCAAAACUUCUGAAGCGUGAUCAUCGAACAAUCAAGCGUUUCAUUCAAAAUAGUCAACAGGGUCGCAAGAAGCGUGUGGAAAAACCAAGGCACAAAAUAACUGCCCAUGAACUGAGAAAAGUCAAGCGUGCAGCUGCCACGAUGCCACUUGCCACCAGUUUGGCCAUAUUUCAGAGCUGCAACAUCACUGGAGUGCCCAAAAGCACAAGGUGUGCAAUACUCAGAGACAUGGCCAAGGUAAGAAAGGCUGAAAGACGACCACCACUGAACAAGACACACAAGCUGAAACGUCAAGACUGGGCCAAGAAAUAUCUCAAGACUGAUUUUUCUAAGGUUUUAUGGACUGAUGAAAUGAGAGUGAGUCUUGAUGGGCCAGAUGGAUGGGCCCGUGGCUGGAUUGGUAAAGGGCAGAGAGCUCCAGUCCGACUCAGACGCCAGCAAGGUGGAGGUGGAGUACUGGUUUGGGCUGGUAUCAUCAAAGAUGAGCUUGUGGGGCCUUUUCGGGUUGAGGAUGGAGUCAAGCUCAACUCACAGUCCUACUGCCAGUUCCUGGAAGACACCUUCUUCAAGCAGUGGUACAGGAAGAAGUCUGCAUCCUUCAAGAAAAACAUGAUUUUCAUGCAGGACAAUGCUCCAUCACACGCAUCCAAGUACUCCACAGCGUGGCUGGCAAGAAAGGGUAUAAAAGAAAAAAAUCUAAUGACAUGGCCUCCUUGUUCACCUGAUCUGAACCCCAUUGAGAACCUGUGGUCCAUCAUCAAAUGUGAGAUUUACAAGGAGGGAAAACAGUACACCUCUCUGAACAGUGUCUGGGAGGCUGUGGUUGCUGCUGCACGCAAUGUUGAUGGUGAACAGAUCAAAACACUGACAGAAUCCAUGGAUGGCAGGAUUUUGAGUGUCCUUGCAAAGAAAGGUGGCUAUAUUGGUCACUGAUUUGUUUUUGUUUUGUUUUUUGAAUGUCAGAAAUGUAUAUUUGUGAAUGUUGAGAUGUUAUAUUGGUUUCACUGGUAAUAAUAAAUAAUUUAAAUGGGUAUAUAUUUGUUUUUUGUUAAGUUGCCUAAUAAUUAUGCACAGUAAUAGUCACCUGCACACACAGAUAUCCCCCCAACAUAGCUAAAACUAAAAACAAACUAAAAACUACUUCCAAAAAUAUUCAGCUUUGAUAUUAAUGAGUUUUUUGGGUUCAUUGAGAACAUGGUUGUUGUUCAAUAAUAAAAUUAAUCCUCAAAAAUACAACUUGCCUAAUAAUUCUGCACUCCCUGUAUGUGUGUAAGUGUUUGUAACUGUGAAUGUGCAUGUGUGUGUGUCUGCACGGUAUAAACUAUAACUCAUUUGGAAAGUUUUUCUAAGACUAUUGAAUAAUUUGGAAAUCUUGUUAAAUCGACGCCCUAUUAGUCAGAGGAUAUCUGGGAGCCUAUGUGAAAUGUGUGAGGCCGUAUCUGUAAUGUAAUUAUUCAAUAAACAGAGAUUUAUGUAAAACUGUCAAAUGGAAUUGGCAAUUGUAGAAGAAUUUGCCCAAUUCAGCCUAAUUCAGUCAUUGUUUCAGCUUGACUAUUUUGGCUUAAGAUUUCCGAUCCCCUUGUAAAAUUUCCACAUUUCCCAAUUUAGUGAAUAAAUCCCCUAUAAAGUCUUGUGUAUAGAGAAAUUCUUUGUAAAACAUUUAUAAAUUAACACAUAAUAUAUUAAUAAUAGCCAAAUAAUCCUAUAGAAGCGAUUACAAGUAAAUAUGCAUGUUUUGGACAACACUUUCAUUAUUAUUCACUAAAUUGAGAUUCAAAAUCAAAGUGAAUUCCAAAAUUAAUGUGGAAAUAGCCAGACUAGGGAAAUUGUUCUCCAAGUCACUGAUGCUUCCAGUUUGGCUACUCCUUAAAUCUGGAAUUCACUUGGAAUUCUCACUUUAGUAUAUUACUGUGAAUGUAUGAAAAUACGUAUUUUUUUCUUUUAAUUUAUUUGCCAAAAAGGAAAGGUUUAGAAUUGAAAACCGUGUAUGCAGUAGAUAUAUAGAUGUGUGUAUAUUUUUUUAAAUUGAUUUUGUAGUAAGUAAAAUUAACUCCAAUAUUUGUAUACUGGAAUUCAGAUUGCAAGAUGAAAAGUUAAUUUUUUGUGUAUAAAUGCCAGUGGUGUCUUUGCAUAAGCAUGUAGUUCUUGCUUACACAUUUAUGUAUAUCUAUGUAUCCAUGGUCCUGUUCCACAUGGAUCCACAGUGCCAGGCAGUCCUCACAAAGCUGAGUUUGAUUCCUAUGUACCUUCCCUCCCAGUAAGCCAGCAUUUUACUGCUUACUCAGGAGAAAGACACCAUUCAUUCCAAAGCCCCAUUUAAUUACCUCGAAACUGAAGAGGCUUCUCUGAAAUGUAAACUUGUGGAGCAGAAUGUGUGAGGGGCACCAAAAAGCUGUUUGGAAUGAGAAACGUUAACCUCUCUGAUCAUCUGUAGAGGUACAAGGGAUUGCCAUGUGAGGAAAAAUAUAGGAACUGCUCAGAUACACCUAAGUAUACUGUGCUUCUAUUCCUUUAAGAAAUCAAUGCAUUAAUAAUAAAAAAACAAUAAACAUACAUCUCAUAUACAGGGUCAUUCAUUACGGUGUGCAUUGUCAGGAAUUGAAAGUGAAUUUGAAAAGUUAAACCAAAAUAAUCAAACAUAUCUGACUUAGAUAAUUAAAAAAUGUGACUAUUUUGGCCUAAAUUUGAUAUUCAUUUGCUGACACAUCAUAUUUUAGGAAAUGUUAAAUUCUUAUGUUGCUCUCCGCAAGCAUUAAAGGAACACUCUGGGCACCAUAACAACUGUGCCAGGAGGGUCGUGGUCUCUUUCUUACAAGAAGGGGUUAAAAUGUCCUCAAAAGUAUAACCCCAAAGGUUUCCUCUAGCGGUAAAUCUCCAAUUCCUCCAGCAGCAUCUGUCUUCUGAAAUCAUGAAAAAUGGAGUGCCACCGGGCAGAGUCGACACUGAUUGAGAAGAGUGGUCAGCUGAUGCUCUAAGCAAAUUAGUAGCUCCCCAUUCCUAAUAUGCUAGCCAAAUUUAGAAGCUAGAUGCCGAUGGGGGAAUGGGAGAUCUGGCACUGGAAGCAUUAUUUGGGGAGAAACUGUUCAAGAAUGGUUUACCCCCUUCAGGAAAGAAAGCAUACAAAGGCUUCCGGGGUCCAUAACAGUUUUAAUAAAGUUGUGAAGGUGCCAAGGUGUUCCUUUAAUGGCUAAGGAUCACAGGAACUACAGAUCCUUAUUUAGUCCUUAAAGGAUCACUAUUGUGUCACGAGUUUGUAUGUCAUCUUCGGGGGACCCUCACCCUCACGGUCCCCCUCAUGCUGGGCUGAAGGGGUUAAAACCCCUUCAGCCACUUACCUUAAUCCAGCGCCAGGCUUCCUCGGUGCUGGUGACCUCUCCUUCGCCGACGUCAGCUCCCGAGUGGAGCGGGAUGCGCAUGAGCGGCAAGUGCUGCGCUCGCAUUCAAACAGUACAUAGGAAAGCAUUUCUCAAUACUUUCCUAUGGAUGUUCUGCACGCUGGUUGCAAAUUUUGCAUCCAGCAUCGCAGAAGCGCCUCUAGCAGCUGUCAUGAAGACAGCCACUAGUGGCUGGAUUAACCCUGCUAUGUAAACAUAGCAGCUUCUCUGAAACUGCUAUGCUUACAUGUGAAGGGUUAAAACCUGAGGGACCUGCCACCCAGACCACUUCAUUGAGCUGAAGUGGUCUGGGUGACUAUAGUGUCCCUUUAAAUAGACACUAGGCAUUGUAACUGCUUCAUCUCAAUGAACUGGUUAUAGUGUCUGGAAUCCCGUGGUGCUAUUGUAGUGCCUGAUGUUGCCUGAACAUCAUAGUAAUUCAAUUUCAUCUGACAUUACAUUCCGUGUACAUACACACCUAGCUAUCCUUUUCAGCACUGCUCUCAUACUGAUACACACUUUGUACACAGCCCAAGCCACAAAACUCUGAAUGGAGUUGUGUAUGAGUUUAAAGUGAGUAUCUUUUUUUAAGUAGUUUAAUUUAUAACAUAUACAAUGCCUUAUAAGAUGGUUUCAGUGUCCCUUUUAAGGGCAUAGCGUUACAGUAUUCAGGAAUAUAUAGAUUAGUUAUCUAUCUACACUAGAUUGUGAGCUCAUUUAAGCUGAGCAUUCUUCACCUCCUAUGUCUGCCAACGUUAUUUAUUUUUGUCAGUUCCUUGUUGAUAAAUUUUAGUGUAUAACUGUAAAUUUACACACAAAAUGUUGACACUAAAAAUGAAAAUGAUAUUAAUCAUUUACACUUCUCAAUAUCUUGCUUAGAAAAACAGAAGGGAGUGUGGUAACUGCAGUAGGACAACACUAAUGAAAAAAACUCUUUAAUAGUAGGACUUAUAAACGUAUGGACCCCCAUAACUUCAAAGAAGAGCAAACAAUAACAAAAUGUUUCAGGAUCCCUAUCGUCUUAUUUUUUUAUUUUUUUUUAAAUGCCAAUGACAAUUGAAUUUUUUUUUACAUCCUCCUUUCAUUUUAUACUACAAAAGAAAAUAGAUUCAACCCAAACCUAAGUGAACUAACCAGUAACUGUCCUCUUCCCCACGCUCCAGCCACCCAAUUAAUGGAGUUGGGAUCUCCAAUUAGAGAAGACAGUAGAUAGAGGGGAUCUAGAGGAGGACACAAAGUAAUACAAUGGUGUGCAGUGCAGUCUAGCACUGUGUAAAGAACAAGAAGAUAAACUUAAAGGCAUUGCCAAUUUUCAGGGAACCGCCAUGGUAGGCAAGGCAGUAUGUAGUUACAGUAAAUAAACAAUGAAAUAUCAUAUUAGGCAAGAGUAGAAUAUUGCAUGGAAUUACAGCAUGCAACCAUCUCGGAGGAGAACUGAGCGGUGUAGCCAGGAACUCUUUAUUCGUUACAGUAUUAAGCCAGUCCAUUUUAAAUAGAAGGUUAAGUUUGGACAGAAAUAAAUGGAGCGGUGGAGUACCCUGCUGGCUCCAAUCUGGAGUAUGGCUUUGCAACUCACAGCUGCUAUUAUGGUGUGAAAUGUUUACUGGGAGAGGGAGACAGUGGGGAGAUUACUUAGAACAAGUAAUCCCAGGGAAAAUGGUAAGGGAGGCAUUGAAGUGUAUUUGAAAUAAGAUGGUAAACAUCGGGUGUGCACAUUUAAAGCAAGUGGGGAUGGACCUUAUGCCCAUUAGGUAGAGUUGGUGGGGGAGUAGUAGGCAUAGUGGGCAAUUUUCAAAACCAUGUUUCUAUAAGAGAUCAUCUGGAGUGUUUAAGUUUGAAAGGAGUGGGUGCUCAUUUUAUUAGUGGGAGUUAGGCUGGCGAAGUUGGACAACCAGUUACUAAAUCAUGUGCAUAUUUUGGACCAGUCUGGUAUGUAGAGUUCGAUAAUGCAAAGUUUGGAGGUGGAGUAGAGAGUCAAGGUGGUGGCUCGCUGAAGACAAUCAAGAGGGUUAUUCUAGUCCUGAAGGGAAAGUGUCAUGUUAAGGAUUGUCAGUAAUGUCUUAUCGGGAAGUUUGUAUAGGUUGGCCCUGCCAAUAUAGGAUAUGGGUAACGUUCUCAAGUGGUCUUUUUUGAUGAAGGUGGGAGAAAGGAUAGGAGGAAUAUUUAGGUUAUAGAUUUGAGGUAGGGUUUUAUGAAUAAAUAUCCCUACAUAUUUGAGAGCCUCUGGUUGGCAGGUAGAGAAAAUAUAUUUAGAAGGGAGAAGAGCCCCUCCCCAGGAGGAGUUUUAUUUUAUUUGUGCCAAUUUAUUGCCAGUCCCACAAAGGCUUGUAUAUUAAUAAAACAGUGGCCCGGGGGAUUGGGAGGGUAUAGGGUGAGACAUAAUGGGGCAAAGUACAGUUUAGUUAAUAGAAUCUGACCUUUGUUAAAGUUGGUAAAGAUACUUAUAAUGCAUUUUAGUUUGCUGUUUUUUUUUUGGUGAAAAUAGUUUCUUUUUAAGCUGUUUGUUUAGUUUUUACCAUUAGAAUAAAGCUCAAAUAAUUGAAGAGAGAUGAGUACUUUGACAAACCUUUUCACUAAAAUAGGAUUUUUUAAAAAAAAUUGUAUAUUUGGAUUUCAACAUACAGAAUAAAUAUAGACAUAAAACAAGUAAUUAUACAAAUGGUAUGAAAGAUAUGGACACUAGGUGAAAUUGAAGGAAGUAUGUUCCUGUAAUAUGACUGAAACAUUUACUUGUUUAUUUUGUUCUUUUUUAAUGUUUAUUGUAAAAUACAUUAAAAAAAAAUACAACUCCUGAGAUAACUUUGUUGUUUCUGUCACCAGGAAGAAGAAAUUAUACAGAGGCGUGUGCUUGACUUUCUUUUUAGCCAUCACGGUGACUGUCUUGCAAAGGGGUUCUCCUCCUGGUCUUUUCACUCAAGAUGAACAGAAGCGUUUGGAAUCCUCAGAGCUUUUGAGUGCACAUAAAAGAGAGACUCACCUCAGCAAUGAUGGCUUCUGGGCACCCAAGGCAGACAGACUCUUCACGGAGACACCUUAUAACACUGACCACCCGUCAGAGUGGGAUAUAAUCUCCAUUAAUUGCACUGCCAACUCGAACCUCACCAAAUUAAGUUGGUUCACAACGUUGGAGCCUAACUUCCAGCAAUUCCUACUGUACAGGCACUGCCGCUAUUUCCCUAUGAUUAUAAAUAACCCACAAAAAUGUAGUGGGAGCAUCACACUUUUAAUAGUGGUUAAAUCAAUAAUUACUCAGCAUGAUCGCAGAGAAGUAAUUCGCAAAACGUGGGGCAAGGAGAAGGAGGUGGAUGGUAAAAAAAUAAAGACACUCUUUCUCUUGGGGACAGCAAUGAAAGAAGAUGAGCGAGCCAAUUACCAAAAACUUUUGGAGUAUGAAAAUAAGAUAUAUGGAGAUAUACUACAAUGGGACUUUCUAGAUUCCUUCUUUAAUCUGACUUUAAAAGAGGUCCACUUUCUAAAGUGGAUGAACAUUUACUGCCACGGUGUGCACUAUAUAUUUAAAGGGGACGAUGAUGUGUAUGUUAGUCCCAAUAACAUCCUUGAAUACCUGGAAGGAAAUAGUUCCCCUGAUCUCUUCGCGGGCGAUGUACUACAGAAAGCUCGACCCAUUCGUAAAAAAGAAAACAAGUACUACAUACCAACCUCUCUUUAUAACAAAAGUCACUAUCCUCCAUAUGCAGGUGGUGGAGGAUUUGUCAUGGCAGGUCCCUUGGUUCACAAAUUGUACAAAGCAUCAGAGACUUUGGAGCUGUACCCAAUUGAUGACGUUUUCUUAGGAAUGUGUUUGGAAGUGAUCAAUGUAAGUCCUAUCAUGCAUGAAGGAUUUAAAACCUUUGGGAUAGUCAAGAACAAAAAUAGCAAGAUGAACAAGGAGCCAUGCUUCUUCAAAAACAUGCUAGUGGUGCACAAACUCCUACCAGAUGAUCUUAUGAAUAUGUGGAAACUUGUCCAUAGUAAUUUGACCUGCUCACAGAAAGUUAACAUACUUUAGUUUUGUGACAAGGGACCCCGAGGGGUCUUGCCAAAUACAUGUGAACUAUUCCUUUGUACUUUAUUUAAACAUUUCUCCCUGGCAGGUUUAGGGAGUAUCUUUCAAUGAUUCCAAAUAAGUUAAUAUGGGGUGGACUAUGGUUUUAAGGAAUUUAUGUACAUCAAGGGACUUUAAGGACUCCUGACAAGGGUACGAGAAGGUACAAUACAAAUUGUUACUAUUAAAGAGCACCUGUUCUCAGUGCUGGGUUUCAACAGUUUUGUAUCUGGUUUUGCUCCAAUUUAAAAAAACAUUUUUUAAUGACAACGAAGAAUGGAGCCUUAUAUGAACCAAGCAGGUGCCUAAAAAUGAAGCAGAUGUCUUAACGUUUCAAGUGCCAGUGCUGAGCCUUUGCACUUAUCCUGUGAUCUGCUUACACACAAUGUUAGUGGAUUCCUUGCCAGUGUGUAAGUUUAAGAUGUAAACAACCUGGAAAAAAAUGUUUUUUAUUAUUUGAUAGAGAACCUCUGACAGGUGGACUUGUACAUCACCAGAACUGCAUUGAUAAUUUCACUCAGACUUUAACCUUUUGGUGAUUUAUUUUGAAGCUGUUUUCUUAAAAAAAUUGUACCAAUUGCAUUAAUUUAUUAAAGUAAAUUUUAAAUUAAUAUAAUAAGUGAAAUAAAUCUUUGAAUUUGUGUGAAUGGGGAUUAUAAUAUUUUAAUAUUUGGAUCAACGUGUAAUCACUAAAAUUAACUUCUCAUAUUCAAGUCACAGUCAAACCUUUAUAUUGUGUAUAUAAAUGUAUAUAUGUACUUUUAUACAUGUGUGUGAGCUGCUCGUGUCAGCUUACAACACAGUUGGAGGUUGAUUUCUGAGCUGACUCAUGUCGAUUCUGUACAUAUUUCCAUGCACAGAAUUGCAUUCAUUGGCUAAGAGCUGUCAGCUGGCACCAGUGGAUGGACAGUGGGUUCAACUUCUGACCACUGAGGACCCAGAUAACUAGGGGGUCCCCACCAUGAUAUGGCUUGCCCCACUAAUAAAAUAUGGGACCAGGGUACUCCUGGCAUCCUUACCUCUACAGCUGGAUUUAACUUUUCUGAUUACUCCUUAUAAUCUAAUUGGUUGAUUACCCUUACAAAAAUAUGUAAGGGGAGCAGUUAAGCUUGUGUGAUUAUAAAGAUUAAAAAAUGAAUCAAGCAGGAAUUUUUGGACAAUAUGAGAGGAUGUUUAUUUCAGAAUCUUCAGCAGUCAGGGCAAACAAACUGACCCUAGUCCACGAUAUACUAUUUGUAUCCUGAAUGGUCGAGAUCAGGAGUGUCCCUCCUCAGGAUUCAUUGAUGAAUUUUAUGGAAAGCUCUCCAGAGUAAUUUUGGUACUUCCCCUCAUGUCAAUUUACAAUUUAAUCCCUCUGUUUUUUGCACUUCAAGACAGAGACGUACCAUUUGGUAUAAGCAGUGUACUGCAAAAUACUAUGAAGAUGCUGUUGAGUGAUUACAGUUUGAUAAUUAAAUAUAUAGGGAAAUACCACAAUUAUGCAAAGUCUAUGAGAAUUUGACUGUUACAUAUCAAACAUUGUUUCCAAUUGAGAUUGGAAAAUGCAUAAAGGGUAAGUACCCUUUGUGGAAAGCAAGAUGUUUGUGAUUUUCAUCUGCAUGGACUGUUCAUAAUUAAAAUUUAAUUUCUUAUUGUAUUGAGUGAGUCAAGUUAAUUCUCACAUUAUCCAUCUAUAAUUCUUAUGUAAGAAAACUCAUGGUCAUUCCUCUUUAGUUGCAGUCAUAGAAACUACAUACAAUAUUUUCGUAUCUCC